AUGGAAAUAAAAGCUGUUUGUGUCCUGAAAGAUCAGCACGAUGUAUAUCCUUAUGUACAUGAUUUACCCGACCCUGUCAGCGGCGUCAGUGGAGUUGUCGUUUUUGAAUCACAGGCAAAUGGACAAGUAUUAAUAAAAGGAACUUUUACUGGAUUGCCUCGUGGAAAACAUGGGCUUCAUGUGUGUACUUUCGGAAAUCUUUUUAAUGGUUAUCAUAGUAUUGGACCUCAUUUCAAUCCCCGUAAGAAAAUUCAUGGUGGGCAACAAGAUAAUGAAAGGCACGUAGGAGAUCUAGGCAACAUUGAAGCUAAUGAAGAUGGUGUUGCUGAGUUUCAAAUAGAAGAUCAACUCAUUAGUCUUUCAGGAAUUGAAUCUGUUAUUGGUCGGGCCAUGGUGAUUCAAGCAGAGGAAGAUGAUCUGGGAAAGGGUGAAAAUGAAGAGAGCCUUAUUACAGGGAAUGCUACUACAGGUUUAGCCUGGGGAGUCAUUGGAAUAGCUGAUGUUACUGUCAAUUAA